AUGAAGAAGAAGUCGGUAAAAAUUGGAGGUAAGCAUCAAGAGAUCAAGCUACAGCGAGAUUUAUUUGGGCGUUUGUUGGGCCAUCAAAUUGAUGUUUUAAGAGUUUUAUCGUAUCCCAUAACUCCUGUACCUCUUGCUCUAUGUCAUCUAGAUGGUGGUUUUUGUAAGACUGACCAAUCUGUACUUGUAAAAUGUCUUGUACCAAAUGUUGAUCAAGAACCACCACGCAAUACAGAUGUGUUUAUAAUUGAUGGAUUUUUCAUUCUUCAUUCAAUGAAAGAAGUUCCUAAAACAUUCGGGAGUAUUUCAAAAAAAUUUCUUCAAAUGAUAACAAAAUAUUCUGCCCGACGUAUUGAUGUUAUCUUCGACCAAUAUUUUUAUCCAUCAAUAAAAGAUAGUGAAAGAUUUCUACGGCAUGAAGCAUCUUUGAUUGACUACACAAUUUCUGGGCCUGAUCAGGUGCGACCAUCAGAUUUUUCAAAAGAAUUGAAAAACACCAAUUUUAAGGAAGCUAUUGUUGAAUUUUUUAUAAAGCAUUGGUCUACUGAGGAAGUAAAAUCAUUUUUGGGUAACCGACAGAUUUAUUUAAAUUUUCGGAAUUGUCAAUUGUAUCAAGUUGUUGAUGAUACAGUAGAAUCGAGUGUUGUGGAAGAUUUAUGUUGUACUUCACAUGAAGAAGCUGAUACAAAAAUUAUCUAUCAUGCUUCUUAUAUCGCAGAGCAGACAAACAUUGUCAUUAGGGCCUCAGAUACAGACAUUUUAAUUCUAAUGAUUGGUAAUAUGUCACAUUUAAAGAACCCUCAUUCUAAUAUUUGGAUGCUCAGUGGAACAGGAAAUAAUGAAAGAUACAUUGACAUCAAAAAAAUUUAUAGAGAACUUGGUGAACUAUUAGCUAAAAGUUUAAUCGGUUUCCAUGCAUUUACUGGAUGCGACUUUAAUCCAGCAUUCUUUAACAAAGGGAAAAGAAGACCCUUUACUUUACUGAAGAAAAAUUCUGGAUUUCAACAAGCAUUUGCUACACUUGGUGAAGAUAAUUUAACAGAAGAUCAACUACAACAGCUAUUUAACACUAUUCAAGAGUUCACCUGCCAGCUAUACAAUGCCAAAAAAUCUACUGAUGUAGACGAUGCCAGGUUUCAGAUGUUUGUUAGAAACUAUAAAGCCUCAGACAUCAAUGAAAAUUUUCAGAAGAAAAUUCAAAAUUUUGACGCAAGCUCAAUACCACCAUGUAAGACUGAGCUUUACCAACAAUUUUUGAGGGCCCACUACAUUUCUUCUCUGUGGAGAAAUGCUUCCAAAUUACAACCGACAACUUUAGACCCAUUGAAGUAUGGUUGGGAUGAGCAAGACAACGCAUAUACCUUCAAAUGGUUCGAAGGUGACCAACUUCCAUCUUUUGUGGGUGACUUAAUCACCAAAGUUUCUUAGUCUGACGCAUUAGAUGAUGAGGACGAGCCACCUAACGACCAACAUGACUCCGAUGACGAUGAUGAU